AUGCAGCUGCACGAGUUUAUGCACUACCCGAGCAUUGGCUGUCGACUGGUUAUGAUGCGCCGCUACGAGUGGAAUGGCAGCGGAAUGCCCCGUGCUCAUCAGAGCUGGCUGCAGCGUCUGUGGUUUCAAUUCGGCGCACUGAAUUUGAUCUAUCAAAACGUGGGCUUGCUCAUCUAUUUGUGCCUGGCAGAGCCCCCCGACGAGCUGGGCGCCUAUAUUGCACAGAUUUCAGAAACAUGCAGCGUGCUGGGCCUCACCUUGGUCGGUGCCUCCAAUAUGUGGAUGAUGCUGCACCGUCGCAGCGAUAUUGAGUCGAUGCUCGCCGAGCUGCAGCAGCUGUAUCCCGCGCAGGGCAAUCACAGCCGCAUCUAUCGCAUUGCCCAUUACUAUGAGAAGUCGACGCGGCUAAUGAGAUACACGGCCAUAUUCUUCAUCUUCGCUUACGGCUACUACAAUGCGCUGCCCGUGGCGGGGCUGCUGUACGAGCUGCUCUCCGAGUCGCAGCAGGUCACCUACAAAUACCAGAGCGAUACCUGGUAUCCCUGGCUAUUAGUGUCCGAUCUGCACGCGUCGGCCAGUUUUAUGACAUCGUAUCUCUGCCAGGCUCUCUCCUCCCUGGUGGGCGUCGCAUUCAUCAUGGCGAGCCAGUUUUUGCUCUGCUUUUUCAUUACACAAAUGCAGCUGCAUUUCGAUGGGUUGGCCAAUGGCUUGCGUCUGCUGGACGCUGCUCGUCCUGGUGCUAAUGAAGAGCUCAAGGCCUUGCUUUCGUAUCACAGCCGCCUGCUGCGCCUUGCCAACAGAAUCAAUCACAUCUUCAACUUUACGUUCCUAAUUAACUUUACGACAUCCACAAUCGCCAUCUGCAUGAUGGGCUUUGCCAUGGUCAUGAUCGAUGUGGCCGCAGCCUUUAAAUACUCUGUCGGAUUGCUUGCAUUUCUGGUGUUCACACUCUUCAUCUGCUACAACGGCACCGCCUUCACAUCCGCGAGCGACAAACUUCUGCCGGCUGCCUUUUACAACAAUUGGUACGAGGGUGAUUUGCUCUACAGAAAGAUGCUGCUCUUCUUUAUGAUGCGCUCCUCCGAGUCCCGAGUGCUGCGGGCCUACAAAUUUACGCCCGUUUCGAUGGCCACCUACAUGGCCGUAAGUCAAUGAAUAUAAGUAUUUCUACAUGUUAAAUUGCU